GGAAGAGCCAACUCCGCUGCCAAUUCUUCCCCUCCAUGUGGCUAGGAAUUGUACAGUAACGACACGCCAUGGGGGGCCCGGGCAGCUUGGGGAGGGAGAGUGCCUUCCUGCUCGCAGUGCUGGUCUCAACGAUGGUGCUAACCCCAACCGUGGCCAUUAACGUUUACACAGACCGGGUGGUCCACGGCACGGUGGGUUCCCACAUCCGGCUUUCCUGCUCCUUUUGGUCGAAAGAGUGGAUCUCCGACGACAUUUCCCUCACUUGGCAUUUUCAGCCGGAAUACAGCAGGGACAGCAUUUCGAUAUUCCAUUAUGCCAAAGGGCAGCCGUACAUCGAUGACGUCGGGGCCUUCAAGGAGCGCAUUGAGUGGAUCGGAAACGCCCGCUGGAAAGAUGGCUCCAUCAUCAUUCACAACCUAGACUACACCGACAACGGGACCUUCACCUGCGACGUCAAGAAUCCCCCCGACAUUGUGGGGAAGUCGUCACAGGUCACGCUCUACGUGUUCGAAAACGUACCCACCAGGUAUGGCGUGGUGUUGGGAGCCGUCAUUGGGGGUGUUCUGCUCGUGGCCCUUGUUGUGGUGGCGCUAGCCUAUCUCAUCCGGUACUGCUGGCUCAGAAGACAAGCGACCCUCCAACGGAGACUCAGUGCCAUGGAGAAAGGAAGGUUGAGGCUGGGCAAGGAUUCGUCAAAACGCGGCCGCCAGCCCCCUGUCCUGUAUGCUAUGCUGGACCACAGCCGCCUCACCAAGUCGGCAAGCGAGAAGAAAUCCAAGGGAGGCCUGGGCGACUCCCGCAAGGAUAAGAAAUAGCGGUUAGCCAGCAGGGAAGGUACGCAGAAGAAGGCGGGCGAGAAGAAGGUCGUCAUGACCAUCGAGAUGGAACUGAAGAGGGACCAGCUCGAUGCUGAAGGCCUCAAGCCUGCCGUCAAGUCCCCCAGCAAGAACAGCCUAAAAAAUGUCCUCAUGAACAUCAUGAAAAGCGAUUCGGAAAAGUGAAGAAUCAAAGAGAGAAUUAUCCCAGCCCUCUGCUUCCUGACAAGAUAGGCCUGAGAUAACGUCCUCUCGCUUCCAGUCCUCUUGGCUUUGUUUCCCGCCAUGUUUAUGACCCAUGGUGCUUCAGUAGCCCGACCGGUCAGAGGCGGGUGGGCCUUUCCUAUAUAUCUCUGCCCACAAGCAUCUAGCUUGGCCUCCAUCUCUCUGUUUACCCUACUCUGAAUGGAGGGACCUAAACAUAAUCAGGGCACCGAUGUGCAUUUAACGUAAUUAAUAACCUCUUGGACUUUGUGCAUUCAUAACAGAAGGAGGCAGUGAGGAAGCAUCGUCCCUGGCAAGGAAUCAACCUGUGCCCCCUUCCUCAGACUAGGAGUCUCUCCUUCUGAGAAGACAAAGUCAGACCAAAGAUGAAGUUAGGAGAGAGACCAGUUCAGCCUUGGGUUUCCAUUGGCUUAUUGAGGUCAACACCCACCUCUUUGUGCCAGCCUUAUCUGACGUAGAGGUAGUCCACUGAGAAGAAAUUUGGGGUCUCGGUGAGAAAGCCAUAGAGAGAAACUACCCUACACCACACACAUUAAACACCUUGGGCUUUGCUCUGGUGUCCUGACUCCCCCGAACUCUGAUCUUCCAUCUUGGAUUCGGCUUCCCCCAAGCUAGAGUUAGCCAAAUUCCCAUCAGCCACUGGGCCCAAGACAACGCCAUGAGGACUGGGUAGCCAAGUGUCCCGUCCUUCUCCCAUCUGCUCUUAGGUCCCGACUCUUAAACACUGACCCAAAAAACCCCAAGCAACACCCUACAAAAGUGUGCCUUCUCCUGCUUGAAUGGCUGUGACAACCCUCUUCUGCUCGGUGUCUCGAGCACAGGUGUAAUUUUUAUUUUUAAUCCAAGGACCGAAACAUAUAUGUAUGUCUCCAAGAUUCAGAAGGGUGGUUUAACUCUCCUCCUAGUUCAUGUUCCUGCAGGGACUACAGCCCCUAUUUGGAAAAAAAUAUGGAUCAAACCAAUCUUUUCUGCAAUGCCAUAUAUCCUAAUUUGACCUCAUGCACCAACACUUCUCUUUGUCCCAACCGCCACGAGCAAGCCAUCGGCGUCCCACACGCCUUCCCCGCCCAAUUGCCACAGAAUUUCACUUCAGGCCAAUUUGGAGGUUCCUACUUGGGCGAAGCAUCUGAGAAAUUUCAAAGGAAGCUCAGCAGCUUUCAAGAAGGCCAGUGAAAUUUCUCGGGGAGGGGGUUUCGCCCGUCACUAGGAUGUCAACUUUGCCCCAAGUGAAAUUCGAGGCAAACGUCAAAGGUUCUCUCGCUUGCUCAAGACAUCCAAAGGAUUUGGAGGGAAGCGGAAAGCGAGUUUCGAUCAGAAAAAUGUAUCAGACGAGUUUCCACACAUCCCUUCACAAGAGUAGGCUGAACUACGAAAACAUCUCAAUAUGGGGCUUCCACAAUAUUGAUUGAUUGAUUGUUUGUACCAUAAAGUCGGUGUCUACUCUUAGUGACCCCAUAGAUAGAUUCUCUCCAGGAUGAUCUGUCUUCAGCUUGGCCUUUAAGGUCUCUCGGUGGUGCAUUCAUUGCUGUCGUCAUCAAGUCCAUCCACCUGGCUGCUGGUCGUCCACAAUAUGGGCUUCCACAAUAUUGGCUUCCACAUCCCAGUUGGUCCUGCCUGCUUCUUCCCUCAUGCCCUUGAGGGGAAACUGAGGGGAAUUAAACCACCCUUGGACAUGCCCUCCCCACAGUGGUAAAACCUUAGGGUUUUCAUGAUCACCAGGUUUAUUAUUAUUAAUUAUUAUUAUUAUUUUAUUAUUAUUAUUAACCACUGAUAUUUUUGUCUUAGUCUUUCCUCCCCUCUUCUCUCCUCCCUGUGACCGAACACCACAUGACGUCACAGGGUUAGCAUUCUCUCAUCCUGAGGCCUCAGUCUCCCGUUUUCUCUUUUUCCGCAGGAUUUUUGUUUCCUUUCUGUUUUUGUGGCAGUCUGUUCUCUUUUCUCAGAUUAACUCCUGUUGCCCAUGACAACACACUCCGUCACGUAGUAGGCCCAAGAAGGGCCACCAAGGGGGAAUGUUCUGUACAGCACUCGCACUCGCUCCGCUAGGUGAACCAGACACCACACCGCGGAAGGCCCACCUCACUUUCCACUUGGCGCUUGGACCUUUCCGCACCUUCUCACAGGUGCUCCCUUCCCACCAUGCCUCAGAAUAUCUCAUGCCAUGAAGGAGAACAUCUCAUAUUUGUGGCAUGAGUGCAUAUCUCAUAUUUGUGCUCGAAGGCAUCUGGUGGGCCACUGUGGGAAACAGGAUGCCAGACUAGAGAGGCCUCCUUGGGCCUGAUCCAGCCAGGCUCUUCCUAUGUUCUCACAGUGUGAAAGGGCUGACCUGAAUUUCCCAGAAAUGUAUAUAGCAGGCCCAAAAAACCCAAAUGUGCCCUCUCUUCCUAUUUCUGUAUAGCAUAUACUGUCUGUGAGAAAUCCUAGAAUGCUAAACUGCAUUUUUCUUUCUUCCUUUCUUUUUUAAAAAUGUGAUGUAUCGUGGUACAUUCCUUUCCAUUUGUGUGUGUGUGCUGGGGGGGGCAUCUAUUCUCAACUUUGUGUACAUUCUCUCGAAAACAGCAGCAACAACCAAAAAUGACAUGAUUAAAAAAAAAAGUUAAUAAAAAGACUGACAUUUC